CACGCCCAUGUGACAUUGUUGGGUCCAUUGAGAUCUAGAUACACAAAAUUCAUCUCAAAGUUUCCCACUAUGAUAUGCUCAUAUUAGAUUUAGAUCCAUCCUUGCCCUAAUUGACCUCCUCUCUUAUUUUCAGGCUAGCCUGCCCUAUUCCAAAACAUGGGUAAAAUUAAAUUUCUCCCUAAUCAAACAUGUGUUAAUAGUCCAAUGGCAAAUGAUUUGCUUUGAAAUCUUCAGCAUUCCACACUUUGUUCAACUUGUGUUGACUGAUUAGAAAAGGAUUACAUAACAUCAUUGAAGGAAUAUAAAGGAUAUUCUUCUUUUGAUCCAAUAUUAUUAACACUAUAUGUGUAAGCCUCAAUGCUUCAAGAUGUACGAGAAGUCUCCACACUUCAAGGUAGUGGCAAAGCUAAGAUUUAGAGUGAGGAGAGGUUGAAAAUAAAAUAAUUGCAAUAGUUUCCAAGGUAUGGACCUAAAUCUUGCAGGAGGGGCAGCUAUUAGUCCUCGUCUUAUGACCUUCUAACGUUUUCCUUAAUAUAUGAAUAGUUUAAUACAUAAUUUAUAACCUCAAACUCAAAAUUGAGGGGGACCUAUAACCCACGACUGCUUCGAGCCUCACAUUAAUGUUCAUAGGCCAAGUCUCACAUCUUCUCGGACAAAGAUAGCCGAAUAAUCGAUAUUAGGUCACUCAAUAUUGAUGCUGAAUCAUAUACAUAUAUGGAAUCAUACAUCCCUUCAUAUGAUCGAAAAAUAUAGUUAGGAAAGUGGAGAGUGGUGGCAAUAUAUAACUAACCACCAUAGGAUGAAAGAUCCUUUCCAAGAAAGUUGUCAAGAUAAGCUUUAGCAACUUGAUUUGAGAGAUAAAGUGCACCAAAAAACCGGUCAUAUGACUCAAGCUAAUGCAUCUUUUUCUCAAUAUUGUGGGAUUUCUUUUUCCUCAAAAGCGCCAUCUUUGCUUGCCAAGCCAAUGAUUGUCACACACAAGGCAAAUGAGAUCAACCAACACUUGUACUAAAGAGAGGAUAGCAAUAUAUGUGGAAGAGAAAUGACCUAUUUUCGUUCUAGUGCUUUCAUCAUUGGACUGGUCGAUUCGUGGUCUAUAACCGUUGGACAUAUGUAUGGUACUUGUCACAAUAUUUAUAUUACGUUGUGUAUUAUGAAGUGUUCGAUCCAAUGAUAUAAAUAUGAACUUGCACGAACAAGAUCUAAACAUGUAUUUAUGCUAAGGAUGAUAAACAGGCCAACCAGAUCGUACAAGACAAAACCCAUUUUAUAUAAUCACAAUAGUGGAAGCUAUCGUCCUCAAAUCUAAACUUGUUAUGUAUGACAACAUGGGGACAAAAUUAUACAUGGGAUUAGCAAUUUGGGGAUUGCCGCGUGCAUAAGGUUGCCAGAAACAUGACCUAAUUUUUUCAGGUUACAUGAUCUUGUUUCUUGUACGACGUGGGUUUUGUUGAUCUUGCUUCCCAUAAUGGAUUUGUAAAGUGUGUUUUAAGUACCUUAUCUUUGCUUACAUCUUUUCAACUUUACUAUUUAGCAUGGUUUUUUUUCUAGCUAUAAUGUUAUGUGGUGCAUCAUGUGUUCUUGAUAAGAUACAUAGAUCAAUUGCAUUUUUUUUUAAUAAGAGAGUGAUUGUGGCCCUAGAAUAAUCGAUGGAGAAGCUAUGGCAUAAAGCGAGGAGUAGCGAGAGAAUGAAAAUAACAAACAAUAGUUUUUUCGUGAUUGAAACUAAGUCUUGGAAACUCAUCUUACCACUUUAUAAUGUUUUCUCGAGGCUUGAAUAUACAAAUUAUAUCCUUAGCCAAAAAAAUGAGAGAUAGGGCUGUAGGCUGUAGCCCCUCCUAGACUACGUGCAGUUUCAUCAUCACAAGAAUAACGUCGUCAUUGUUGGACUGUGAUUGAUUAGGAAAAUUCGUUUUCUUCUCACAGAGAACUACUUUGUGAUCAUGGCUUUAAGCGUCUUGUGAGAACACUCUUAAGUUCAAACAAUCUUUCUUAUUAGGUAAAGUGAGAGAAAACAACAAACUUAACAGCCCAAGUAAGUGAAUUGACUUAUAUUAGCAUUGGUUCAAAUGAGCUGCUAUGCUGAUUUGUUUAAUCUAAACAGAAAAGUGGACAGAGAUGAUGGUAAGGUGGAUGGAAAAAUCAUUUUGUUAGUGAGUGUAAAGUUGAGGGGCGGCUUUGUUAUGAUUACAAAGUAAGCUGACUAUUCUCUCAAUUAUCUCUGCCGUGAGAAACCGGCCCACCCAAUAUAACACUAAGCCAAGGGCCUGGGCCAUGGUAUCGGCCUACGCUAUGGUUGAGCCCGCUGCCGAGCCUUCUUAUCUAGCCUACCAAUAAAGCCUGGCCCAUUGAAGCCUAUACUUCGUCCAGUCGCGGCCCAGCUUCAACUUCCAAGGACUUGAUCGACCUUUCGACUCGUCUCAAUUUCCAUGCAUCUUCUUCUGCAUCGCAAAGCAAAAACCUCAUCAGUGACAAGUAGAAACUGUUUUACUCUCGUCACUCCCAACUCCACAUGUUACUACACGCAGCACACUUCCUAUUUAUAGAUAGCUGUACCGCCAUGACUGAGGAUCAGCUUUGUCAACUUGGAGCUGCGGCUGAUUUUGUACUUUUGCUUCAUGUUUAUCCCAGAGCAUUUAGUAUAAACUUGACUGAUAGUGAUGAUUCAUAUCCAUUUGUGUAUUACACAGAGAUGCCUGGAAUUUUGGAGAAUUGCAGCAUCUUGUUGACAGAAACCAGAAAGAAACGAUGUCGAUCACACUCAACAAUGGCUUCAAGAUGCCCAUCAUUGGGCUGGGAACGUGGCAAAUGGGAGGGAAAGAGAUUAAGGGUCUGAUCAUGAACGCUAUCAAGAUCGGUUACCGCCAUUUUGACUGUGCUGCUGAUUAUAAGAACGAGGCUGAAAUUGGGGAAGCACUUGCUGAAGCUUUCAAGACCGGUCUUGUGAAAAGGGAGGAGCUUUUCAUCACUACUAAGCUCUGGAAUUCAGAUCAUGGACAUGUUCUUGAGGCUUGCAAAGACAGCCUGAAGAAGCUUCAGCUCGAUUAUCUGGAUCUCUACCUUGUUCACUUCCCGGUCGCCACCAAGCAUACUGGAGUUGGCACAACAUCUAGUGCAGUGGAUGACAAAGGCGUUCUGGAAAUCGACACAACCAUAUCGCUGGAAGCUACUUGGCAUAACAUGGAAGACCUUGUCUCUAAGGGUUUAGCCCGAAGCAUCGGUAUAAGCAACUACGAUAUCUUUCUGACCAGAGAUUGCCUAGCCUAUUCAAAAAUCAAGCCUGCAGUGAAUCAAUUUGAGAUCCAUCCAUAUUUCCAGCGCGAGUCUCUUGUGAAAUUCUGUCAGAAGCAUGGCGUCGCAGUGACAGCUCACAGCCCUCUGGGUGGUUCUGCAGCUAACAUAGAAUGGUUCGGUUCAAUCUCGUGCUUGGAUGAUGCUGUUCUCAAUGAUUUGGCUGAGAAGUAUAAUAAAACACCUGCCCAAAUUGCACUAAGGUGGGCGAUCCAGAGAGACACAGUCGUCAUUCCCAAGUCUUCGAAGGUUGAGAGACUGAAGGAGAAUUUCGAAGUUUCCGACUUUGAGCUGACCAAAGAGGAUAGGGAGCUGAUCAAGGGAAUGGACAGAAAAUAUCGUAUGGAUCUGCCCGCCAAGAGCUGGGGAAUUGAUCUCUAUGCUUAGAUAUGUAUCUUAUGCUUUACGAGC